AGUCAUGGCUUUGUCAAACAAAGUUAUUUUAUUGCUGGUCGUUUCUCCAGCAACCACCGGUGGCUAAGUCCCAAAUGCAACACACAUGUGUACGCCGUCAGCGGACUGACCACAGCGCCAGGUCUCCAGACACAGAAGGACCGCAAGAAGGAGCUGUCCGAUGACGGCCCCGACCUCCAGGACUUUAUAUCCGGGGAGCUGUCUGAGAAGAACAGGAGGAGUACAGGGGACCUGAAGAGACAGAAGGGAGAGAGGCUGAGACUUCCCCCUGGCUGAACGACGGAGAUUCCUAUUGGCAAGAACUACAACAAGCUGAAGGACACACUGAGAGACCUCAACCUACACACG